AUGGCACCGCCUUCCGCUCCGCUCUCCGCUCGGGGACCGGGAGAGGCCGGGCCCGGCCGGAGAAGGGGAAGGAAGCCCAGGGCGGUGAAGUUCGCGGACGUGGCCGUGUACUUCUCCCCGGAGGAGUGGCGGAGCCUGCGGCCCGCGCAGAGGGCCCUGUACCGGGACGUGAUGCGGGAGACCUACGGCCACCUGGGCGCGCUCGGGUGCGCAGGUCCCAAACCGGCCCUCAUCUCCUGGUUGGAACGAAAUACCGAAGAUUGGGAACCAGCUGCCCUGGACCCACAGGAGUGCCCCAGGGGAUUAAUGGUCCAAAGAAAAACCAGAACCAGAAAGAAGAAUGGAGAGAAGGAAGUAUUCCCACCCAAGGAGGCACCCCGGAAGGGGAAAAGAGGACGGAAGCCCAGCAAGCCCCGACUGAUUCCCAGACAGACAUCUGGAGGUCCCAUCUGCCCUGACUGUGGUUGUACCUUCCCUGAUCACCCGGCUCUGAAAAGCCACAAGUGUGCCCAGAAUCUAAAAAAGCCUUACCCUUGCCCAGACUGUGGGCGCCGCUUUUCCUAUCCAUCUCUGUUGGUCAGUCACCGGCGGGCACAUUCUGGCGAAUGCCCCUAUGUUUGUGACCAGUGCGGCAAACGUUUCUCCCAGCGGAAGAACCUCUCCCAGCACCAGGUCAUCCACACAGGAGAGAAGCCCUACCACUGCCCGGACUGUGGCCGCUGCUUCCGCAGGAGCCGGUCCCUGGCCAAUCACCGGACCACUCAUACAGGCGAGAAACCCCACCAGUGCCCUAGCUGCUCGCGACGCUUUGCCUACCCCUCCCUGCUCGCCAUCCACCAGCGCACACAUACAGGAGAGAAGCCCUACACCUGUCUGGAGUGCAACCGCCGCUUCCGCCAGCGCACGGCUCUGGUCAUCCACCAGCGCAUCCACACCGGCGAGAAGCCCUACCCGUGUCCAGACUGUGAGCGGCGUUUCUCUUCGUCCUCUCGCCUGGUGAGCCACCGGCGAGUGCACUCUGGGGAGCGUCCCUAUGCCUGUGAGCACUGUGAGGCCCGCUUCUCCCAGCGGAGUACGCUGCUCCAGCACCAGCUCUUGCACACAGGAGAGAAGCCGUACCCCUGCCCAGACUGUGGCCGUGCCUUCCGUCGAAGCGGCUCCCUAGCCAUACAUCGCAGCACGCACACCGAGGAGAGGCUGCACGCCUGUGAUGACUGUGGCCGCCGUUUUGCCUACCCCUCGCUGCUGGCCAGUCACAGGCGCGUCCACUCAGGAGAGCGGCCCUACGCUUGCGACCUGUGCUCUAAGCGCUUUGCCCAGUGGAGCCACCUGGCCCAGCACCAGCUCCUGCACACCGGGGAGAAGCCUUUCCCCUGCCUUCAGUGUGGCCGCUGCUUUCGCCAGAGGUGGUCUCUGGCCGUGCACAAGUGUAGCCCCCAAGUCCAAAACUGUAGCCCUAGACCUGCUGUAGAGGAAACCAGUCAAAAGGGCAGUGCCCUUUAG